AUGUCUUCAUCAAACAUUCCUCAUAUAGUGAUUCAAUCUUCUUUCAACUAUCACAAAAUGCCUGUGGUUGGAUUUGGCACUGCUUCAACAUCUUCCACCAUUGAUACCAAAGAAGCAGUGUUAGAAGCUAUCAAAAUAGGAUACAGACACUUUGAUACUGCUUCAAUAUAUGGUUCUGAGCAACCUCUUGGAGAAGCCAUAGCUGAAGCACUUCAACUUGGUCUCAUAGCCUCCAGAGACGAACUCUUCAUCACUUCCAAACUUUGGUGCACUGAUAACUUUUCUCAUCUUGUUCUUCCCGCUAUCCACAAAACACUUCAGUCUUUGAAGUUGGAAUAUGUGGAUCUUUAUUUAAUUCACUGGCCCAUAUCUGUGAAACCUGGAAAUUGGGAUUUUCCUUUUCCUGAAGAGGCCCUAACAUCAUUUGACUUAAAGGGUGUGUGGCAAGCAAUGGAGGAGUGUCAAAAGCAAGGCCUUACAAAAUUAAUUGGAGUGAGCAAUUUCAGUUGUCAUAAACUUGAAAAUCUCCUCUCUUUUGCUACUAUUCCUCCUUCUGUCAAUCAAGUUGAGAUGAAUCCUACUUGGCAACAAAAAAAACUGCGAGAAUAUUGUCAAGCCAAAGGAAUAAUCAUAACUGCAUACUCUCCUUUGGGGGCACCAGGGACCUUGUGGGGCUCCAACUAUGUUGUCGAUAAUGAAUUGGUCAAGCAAAUUGCAAAAGCUCAUGGCAAAUCGUUUGCUCAGGUAUCUCUCAGAUGGUUGUAUGAGAUAGGAGUCACUAUUGUGGUUAAGAGCUAUAAUAUAGAAAGAAUGAAGCAAAAUAUUGAAAUAUUUGAUUGGGCGCUCUCAAAAGAUGACUAUGAUAAGAUUGCACAAGUCAAACAACAUCAGUUGUGCAAAAAUGGACCAACAAAAUUCAUUGAGAACCUUUAUGAUGGAGAAAAUUAAUGUCAUACUAUACAUGAAUGUUACUAAUUUACAGCACUAUGUCUCUUUCGCUG